CUGCGUGGGAAAGUUUUCCUCCAAGGCAAGAGCACGCUACUCCUCCGCCACACAGCGGGGACAAGUCUUUCAGCGCCGACUUAAGCGCUCUUUUGUUCCGCCUCUAUUGUCCACGAGCCCCGUUGGAGGACCACCAUCGUGUGUGAGGAUGAACUCAUCCCGUCAGAAGUGAGACACCCCCCGGGAGAAGGCGGGUGGAGGCUUAAGGUUUGUUUCGUUUUUAUUUUUUUUGGAGCGGCUCCCCCGGUGCUCUCUGCCCGCCACUGAGGCCAUGGGCUGCGGCUUGAGGAAGCUGGAGGACCCGGAGGACAGCAGCCCCGGGAAGAUCUACUCCACGCUAAAAAGACCUCAAGUGGAGACUAAAACCGAGACCGUCUACGAUUAUGUCCUGCUGGACUUCAGCUUGGAAGGUAGCCGUCCCACAGUGCAGUACGUCUCCUCGCUGGCCGAGCUGCCCCAGGCGCUGCAGCCGUACUACACGCAAGGCUACGUCCUGACCGCCCUGCACCCCAUCAUCCUGUCUGUGGGCCGCACGCGCUCGCUCCCCUUCAGCCUGCUCUACCGUGUCGUCCUGGCCCGCCCCAGACUAAGUCAACAGACGGCGUCCAUGUGUCACAGCGUGCCCAUGCUGAGGGUGGAGGAGUGGCCGCUACCCGGGGACUCGCUGACGGGCGAUACAGUUCGAGCGCUCAUCGACAGGGUGAACAGCAGCGCCCGAGGAGGAGUACGCUUUGUGGGCUCGGUCCUCCAGCAGGUGAGCGGUCUGAGCAAUGGCGGUAGGAUGCACAGUCCUAAGGGGCGCUGUCACUCGCCGCUGCAGUCUCCCCCUCGCACGCCGCCUGGAGACAAGGAGCUGGAGGAGAACACCUACAGUCCUGACAUGCGACUCCUGGUCUUCUUCCACUCCUGGGCUCCCGGUUGUGCUCCUCUGGACUCGUUGGCUUGUCAGUACCACCAAGGGGCGCUCUCUAUGCGCGUGUCCAGGAAGGGUCAGGUGGUCAGCGCCCUGGAGGCCGACUGGCUGGAGCUGACGGCAGCCUACUACCGCCGAGGCUGGUCGCUGGUGGAUUCCUUCGUCUACUGGGACACGCCCAGAGGCGAGCCUGUGCCGCGGUCGCUGGAGGGCCUUUUCGUGUACGAGGAAAAGAGCACUGCCCCCCCCGCCAAUGACACUAUCGUGGUGGAGCAGUGGACUGUCAUCGAGGGUUCCAACGUGAAAACCGACUACGGGCCCCUCCUUCACACACUGGCUGAGUUUGGAUGGCUGCUCAUGUGUGUGCUGCCCACACCCAUCAUCCGCCAUGACAGUGAUGGGAAUCUUGCCACCAAGCAGGUGGUGUUUCUUCAGAGACCAGUCAGGAAUCAGGCACCACCACACCCCAGGAACCAGACCUUUCCCCAAUCAGUACAUAAAAUGGCUGCGUACCUGCAGGUGGUGCACAGCGAGGUGUCCAGUCGCUCCUUGAGCCGGUCCGGCAGCAGUGCCGCGCCCAGGGAAGAGCUGUCCCCCGCGGCCGGGGGCAUCGGCGGCUUCCCGGUAUUCGGAGGCGGGUUCCCCAGUUCUAUGUCACACCUGGAGGAGGGCGGCUUUGAUCCGGAUGAGGGGAAAGCGGAGGUCACCUGCAUGUGAGCCUGUGUGACGCUCAGGCGGUCCCGGAUGGAGGAAGAUCCUGACUCCUUGCUCCUCCACUGUGGAAGCACUUUUUUAACAGAAGCCAUAAUGAGAGGAAGGUCACCGCUGAAGGUGACUUUUGUUCCAGAAGGUUUAUUUUCGUCAUUUCUGCACAGUGACAAUGGUCCCUUUUGUUACGAUGUCCUGAAACAUUCCAACACUCCUGUUUACAUUCCUGGAACACAGGAGGCCAUCCGACUCACAUUUGAACAAGAUAGCAACACGAAUCAUGAUUUGACGACUAAUUCUUCUAAACAUUGCAUCCUUUUUUGUGGGGACAGUUUGGGAGAGGCUCCUGUCCUGUUUCCAUUGCACAAGGCAGGCUUGGACGAGUCUGGUGUGGAAGAACAAUCCCAAAAAUCUAAAUGAAGAAUUAAAAAAACAACAGACUAAACUUUUGUAGUAAGUUUUGCAAGAGUGAAAGUUCUACAGAUGCAAAGAUGGGGAAAGAGUCCACAUUUUUUUCACUUUUUAGUUUCUGUCCCAAUACUUUUGCCCACGUAGUUCUCGUUUUGAAAUGACAAUUCAACAGUAUUAUGUUUGUGUUUAUGGUACCAACAGUCUUUUUUCCAAUGGAUGCUUCUCACAACUACCAACUUUUGGUCCAAUAAUUUGUACAAUAAUUUCAACUACGUUUGUUCAUUUAGCUUUUUUUAAGAGUUAAGUUCCAGGAACCCCCCUGGAAAUGGCAGAGAAAAAUAAAACCCUGUAGUUAAAUUCAUCAAACCAGAUCUAAAUGGAUUUCCAUUUUUGAGCAAGAAAAAUCUUGCAUAUUUUGUGUUUUUGACAUAACUUUUUCUUUGACUUAAAACUGAAAAAAAAAAGAACACUUUGUCAAAGGAUGGAUCUUUAUUUUUAUAUAUAUAUAUAUAUAUAUAUAUAUAUAUAUAUAUAUAUAUAUAUCUACACAGUACAGGCCAAAACUUUGGACACACUUUCUCAUUCAAUUAGUUUUCUUUAUUUUCAUGACUAUUUACUUUGUAGAUUGUCACUGAAGGCAUCAGAACUAUGAAUGAACACAUUUGGAGUUAUGUACUUAACAAAAACAGGUAAAAUAACUGAAAACAUCCAACCACUUCUUACCGCUUGUCUCUUUUGGGGUCACGGGGGUGCUGGAGCCUAUCUGAGCGGGUGGAAGUCGAGGUACACCCUGGACAAGUCGCCAUCUCAUCUUUUAUAUUCUAGUUUCUUCAAAAUAGCCACCCUUUGCUCUGAUUACUACUUCGCUCUUGGCAUUCUCUUGAUGAGCUUCAAGAGACAGUCACCUGAAAUGAUUUUCACUUCACAGGUGUGCCUUAUCAGGGUUGAUUAGUGGAAUUUCUUGCUUUUUCAAUGGAGUUGUGAAUGAGGAGGUGUGUCCAAACUUUUGGCCUGUACUGUAUGUAUAUAUAUAUAUAUAUAUAUAUAUAAACAUGUUAUGAAAAUGUUGCUACUGUAGAAAAAAAAAACAUUUAAAAUCAGAUGUUCAGUGUUCCUCUCAUAUGUCAGUAUUAAUAACUCCACUUGUCAUUUUUGAGUUGUACAAUUUGCUUCCUGUUGUGGAUAUGGUGUUUUUUGCAAUAAACACAGGUGUUAUUUACCCCUCA